AUCCUUACCAAUCUUAAUCAUUAAAUCCUAGAAAUAGGGAGAAAAACAUUUCUCCCCUUGAUCUGAGACCAUUCCACAAAUUGAAGGGCAACGAGCAGUGUAUGCUUUUUGCAAGAAUAAUUGAAAACAUCAGCUAAAGAGCACAGAAUUCUUUUGAAAGCCUGCCAGUUAUUGGAAGUAACUUUGGCAAAGGAACAAAUUAAACACUCAAUAUCUUAACCUUUCUGGUUGCCUUCUUAGGAGUUGGUCUCUCAUUUAAUUUUUAGCUAUUCUGAUACGAUUUUUAUUUUGCGACUGGCUUUUUGUUUGAUCAGACCAAAUUUUGGCUGGGACGAAAACCUAAGUGCUAACAAAGAAGCAUUUCAGCAAAGCAACCUCAUCACUUCGCAUCUAGCUUGAAUUCACUUUUAACCUUUUAACAGCACUGAAACUGUCCUAAAGAGGGUGCACUUGAUUCUAACUUCGCUUUCAAUAUGACGGCGGUCAAUGUCACCCUGGUUCGAGACACCCAGUGGCUGACUUUAGAAGUCUGCAGAGAAUUUCAGAGAGGAACCUGCUCUCGAGCCGAUGCAGACUGCAAGUUCGCCCAUCCGCCGAGAGUCUGCCACGUGGAAAAUGGCCGAGUGGUGGCGUGUUUUGAUUCCUUAAAGGGUCGCUGUGCCAGAGAGAACUGCAAGUACCUUCACCCUCCUCCACACUUAAAAACUCAGCUGGAAAUUAAUGGACGCAACAAUCUGAUCCAACAAAAGACCGCCGCGGCCAUGUUCGCCCAGCAAAUGCAGUUUAUGCUCCAGAAUGCUCACAUGUCAUCACUUACUUCUUUUCCUAUGAAUCCAUCACUUGCGGCUAAUCCUGGAAUGGCUUUCAAUCCUUACUUACCUCAUCCUGGGAUGGGCCUGGUUCCUGCUGAGCUUAUACCGAAUGCCCCCGUUCUGAUUUCUGGAAACCCGCCUCUCGCAUUGCCAGCAGCUGCUGGUCCCAAACUGAUGCGUUCGGAUAAACUGGAGGUUUGCCGAGAAUUCCAGCGUGGAAAUUGUACCCGUGGUGAGAACGAUUGUCGCUAUGCUCACCCUACGGAUGUUUCCAUGAUUGAGGCAAGUGAUAAUACUGUGACGAUCUGCAUGGAUUACAUCAAGGGGCGAUGCACCCGGGAGAAGUGCAGGUACUUUCAUCCUCCUGCACACUUGCAAGCCAAACUCAGGGCAGCUCAUCACCAGAUGAACCACUCAGCUGCCUCUGCUAUGGCCCUCCAGCCUGGUAUGCUUCAACUGAUACCAAAGAGAUCGGCACUUGAAAAGACCAAUGGUGCCACUCCGGUCUUUAACCCCAGUGUUUUCCACUGCCAGCAGGCUCUGGCUAACCUGCAGCUCCCGCAGCCAGCAUUUAUCCCUGCAGGGCCAAUACUGUGCAUGGCACCCGCUUCAAGCGUUGUGCCCAUGAUGCACGGCGCGCCUCCUACCACUGUGUCUGCGGCAACAACACCUGCCACCAACCUUCCGUUCGCUGCGGCGGCUACAGGCAAUCAGAUACCCCCAUUAUCAAUAGAUGAACUGAAUAGCAGCAUGUUUGUUUCACAGAUGUAG